CCACCCCACUCCCUAGCGGCAGCGCCGCUUCCCCCACCCCCUAUCUCUUUUCAACCUUCUUCCUUCUCUCUCUCUCUAAAUUCCAAAAAAUAGAUAUGCCUUCUCUCUCACCCCUACAGUGAUGGCCGACGACGAUGAAGGGACGGGAUGGAGGACAGAGGCUAGUUGGCAGCGCCUCUUCUCUGCUUGAGAGGGAGCGCCAGAUAGGAACCAACAGCGCUGCCACUGAGAUCGGAAGGGAUUGCCACGCUUCGACUGUAGGAGAAGAAGUUAGUGAGAGGAGUUUUAUUGUGCUGGCGAAAUCCCAGAAGAUGAUGGGUUCGCCGGCAGAGGUGUAUCCUCGGAAAAUCGGCAGAUUGAACCCAUAAUUUCUUGGUUUAGUUUUUUUAUUUAUUUAUUUUCGGUCAUAGUCCAAAAACCGGCAGACGGUUCGAGUGGCUCGAAUGGUUAACCAUUUUGGCCGCUCAAAACCCGAUCUUUCUGGCCGUUACGGCUAUUGGAGAGUUCCGACCUGAGCUGACGUCUAGGUGAUCCAAACGACCGGCUCGGUUCGGCUUUAACAAUAGUGACGAUUAGCUUACGUGAAACUCUGUUAAGGCUAACAUUAACUUUAACGAAAAAUGACUAUAAUUUUGUUGUGUUAUGAAUGGUUUAGUUAAUAGUUCGUAUUCUCGAGGGUCUGGCUAAUAUUAUAGAAUCCAUAAAAGAUUUUGGCUAAAAGAAGUAUUUAUCUUUAUAAAUUUUAAAAAUAUAUAAUUUCAUUUACAUGGUUCUGUCAAGCACAUGGUCUGACGAUUAGCUUACGUAUAAUUUUGUUAAGGCCAAUAUUAACUUUAACGCAAAAUGGCUAUAAUUGUGUAACAUUAGAAAAUGAGGUUUUUUCCAUAACUAUUGCGAUUUAAAAAAAUUACCCGAAAUACAUUGGUUGUAAAUAUUCAAUUACUCACCACGAAUGGUUGUCUACUCUCAUCCAUGAACACUCUAAACCACUGCAUGUAGUUCGUGUGAGCCCGAUGUAGGUGCGGUAACCACCUCGCAACACGUGGAUGUGAAUCCUCAGUGACAGACUGCCAGUUGCGUGUAUCUAAAGGGGCAAGGGCUGGAAAUCGCUCCCACACCCAUGCAGCCUCCAAGAUCACCUCCCAUAGUUGGUGCAGAUGUCAUCCUCAAAGUGGUCCUACCAAGCUCCCGAUACAAGUAUGCUAAUACAGUUGCGCCCUAUGUAUAACCUCCUGCACGUGCCCAAUCCUCGAGAAGUAGACCAUACAUAAGAUGCAUCUCAGCUCCAGAUCGAUCAGGAAACAUCACUCCUCCUAAAAGCAGCAUGCAAUAUGCUCGCGCAUACUGACUCAUAGUAUGAUCUGAAGCUCCCUCUGGCAAGGUAGUGAACGCGUCCUAAGCCAAGAAUACUUAAAACGUCCAUUUGCAAGAUCUGAUCGCUGCUCUAUAAGAGGAAUUUUCUCAAGUAGACUCGUGCAUAUAUCAUCCCAUGAUGAGUUCGGUAUAUCUAGGAUCACAGCCUGUCCGUCGACUAAUAGUCAUGUAAGAACGAUAACAUCCUCCAAAGUAAUGGUACACUCGCCACAAGGGAGGUGAAAAGUGGAGGUCUAUGGUCGUCAAUGCUCCACUAUUGCCGUGGUCAAGCCAGAAUCACCAUGAAACGGGGCAAGCUCCAUAACAGUAUACAAUCCAGCUGCCCAAAUGUAUGGUUCAUAAACCCGUAAUACUUGCCUAAUAUAGAUGUACCUUGAGUCUUAUAUGGACGAAUCAAAGCCUAUAUUCAUCAUCAUGUAACCAAUUUAAACAAAAAAUAAGUAUAUCACACUAUAACUUUACUGUAAAUCUAGAAUAUUCAUAACCACUAAUCAAAUACUAUACUAAUCCAUGCUAACUCAAACAAAAUUUAAUAACUUAUAAUUCAUAACCACUUAUAUAGAUAAAAAAUACAAACUUAAACAAUUCAUAAUCACUAAUGAGUAAUUUUCCCUAAUCCAAACUAAUUAAAUAACUUAUAAUUCAUAAAUUAAAGUACAUACCUCAUUUGCGCAAACCAAAUUGGCUCGAUGUUCACCAUCCGCCCAUAAUAAUUCGUUUUCUAAUGGAGUCGGCUUUAAAGUUCUAGGUGGCGGCAUCAAAGCAUAUUGAUCAUAAACCAUAGGAGCUGCAAUUAACGCACAAAACAUAAUUAAAAACAUGUAGAAAAACCUUUCUGGAGGGUUGUCGCCGGUAACCGUUAACUGGCCGCCGGUAACCGGAACCUCACCGUCGGCAAUAUAUAGAAGGAGAUUAG